AUGGCCGAGGCUGGGCUUCUUAAUUUUCUUGGCCACAAGAAUGAUCAUCACCCAUUCUUGUUCUCACCCAAUGAUUCUCAGUCUCAUCCUAAUCAUUUCCUGCGGAUGAAUUUGAUUUUUGGCAAAGCGAAUAAUUACGAGUAUAUGAACGUGAUCAGUCAGGGGUCUUACGGCGUUGUGUACAGAGCAUGUGACAAGAGAACAGGUGAAAUCGUGGCCAUGAAGGAGGAGUGUUGCGGAUUGUCUACGACAACCUUGAGGGAAAUCGGCAUUCUAAAGGCUCUUCCUCAGCAUCCUGCGGUUGUGGAAUUCAAAGAAGUGGUUCUAGAUGAUUGGGAUAGUGUUUUCGUCGUAAUGGAGCACGUGGAAAGCGACCUGAAAAGAUUCAUGGACGUCAGGAGACAGCCGUUGCGUCCAAACGAAGUGAAGUGCAUGAUGAAGCAGUUGCUGGAGGGCGUGAAAUUUCUGCACGACAAUGGAGUGAUGCAUAGGGACUUGAAGCCAUCAAACAUUCUGAUCAACAAAAAGGGUGAAGUGAAGAUUUGCGACUUUGGUCUGUCUCGCCAAUUCGAAAGAGAAUCGGGAUCCUACACUCCUCGUGUUGUAACUCUUUGGUAUAGAGCCCCAGAAAUCCUUGCUGGAGCGGAGACGUAUUCUACCGCAAUCGACAUGUGGUCAGUUGGUUGUAUAAUGGCAGAAUUGCUGUUGAAGGAGGUGCUUUUCAAAGGGAAGUGUGAUCGUGAGCAGAGAACCAAGAUAUACACGUUACUUGGCCGUGGCAAAGCGGACGAUAAUGUGUUUACAGGGAAGUUUCUUGCAGCUGCAGCCAAUUCAGGAGCUCCAUUGCUUUCGGAACUUGGAUUUGAUCUGCUGAAAAAGCUUUUGGAGUAUGAUCCAGAUAAGAGAAUAACGGCACAAGCUGCUUUGAAUCACGGCUGGUUCAAGGAAUUCGAUCCUUUGCUUUCCUGGUUUAGCACAAGGCACCAGUGCCAUUUUUAG